UUAGUAAUUGCUCAAAAAGUUAUUCAAAUAGUGUAAGAUGAAGUGUCGUGAUGCGCGCCGCCCACAACAGAAUUUGAAGUCAAAAAUUUUAUUUCAAUCGUUUUUCCAAGUCUCCAGUACAGUCAGUGUCUGCGGCGCCCACAAUUAGCACCCAACGUUAUUGGUAACUGCUGAAAAAGUAAACUAUAAAAAUCUCAGUGAGUAAUUUCUAUGAAUGAAUUACUCUUGUAAAAAACAUGUAGUGAAAAGAUGAAAGCAUUUUUGACUUUAAUCCUGUUAAUCUAAUCAUUUUUAAAAAUGGAAUGUAACGAGUCUUCCGAUCAUUUUCAUCUCCAGCCUCAUGUUGAUUCAAAUGCACAUAAGUCAAUAAGCAUUCUAGAAGCUCCACCUCUUGAUGUCAAAGAAAGUAAUUUUAUAAGCAGUAUAUUAGUAAGACGAAAUCGUGAAAGUUUAUCAACAAAAGACCUCCAUAAGCUUAAGGAAAUAACUAGAAAAAACAUACCACCGUUUCAACGGUCUCACUUUUGGAUAAUGUUUAGUGGAGGACUUGAAGUUAAGAAAAUUACGCCAAAUUUGUAUAAAGAUGUUUGUGAUGAUUUACUGAAAGAUAAUAAUGGACAGUGUAAAUCUAUGAAAUUGACAUCUAAUUCUCACUACUUAACUCCAAUGGGCUGUUUCAUACUGCAAAAAGUUCUCUUAGUUAUAAACGAGUUAAAUCCAGACAUUAUUUAUUGUCCUAUGCUUGAGCAGUUAGGAGCAGUCAUGCUACACUUUAUGGAUGAGGAAGAUGUGUUUGCCUGUCUUACUGGUAUUCUCAAUAGGGACUUGAUUGAACAAACAAAAACUUCAAACAUAAUAUCUGAUACUACCUUACAAGAUCUCUUAAAAUUAAAAGAGAAAAAAGUUUAUUCAAAACUGGAAUCAUAUGUUACAUCACACGCUGAGGCUGCUGGCCAUAAGCUUGUAAUAUUCCCAUCUUUAAGAAAGUUUAUCUUUGACAGGCUUUCAUUACCUCAUUUGGUUCGAAUUGUUGACUGUUUUCUAGUUGAAGGACCAAAAAUAUUUUACCGUGUUGGAUUGUAUCUGUUGAAUCUUUUUUAUACCCAUUCCUUGACAUUUAAGCACCUUUUUUGUUCUUCUCCACAUGUUCUUGUUGCUACCAUUGGACAGUAUAUGUUAUCAUUGCAAAUUGCUCCAGAUAUUUUUAUCAAAAGUGUUUUGAAAAUAUCAUUGAAAAGCAAGCAGUUAGUAAAGUUAAAACAAACAAACAUGGCUAUGAGUAAUUCACAUAACCUUGAUUAUACAGAAGAUCUGAUAAGUCAACAAGUUGUUACUAUUAAUCUACACGAAGUUUCUGACAUCAUUGAUCCAAUUCAUUGGCAAAUUGUAUGUGGCUGGCUACCAUUACGAAUGCAAAUUAAAAAACCUUUUUUGUUGUUCACAACCAAUAAUGAUGGUUGUAGCUUGAAGACUUUGUACAACAAAUGUGAAGGCGAAGAACAAACAUUGAUGAUUUUCCGUACUGCAAGUGGAGAGAUUCUUGGAGCAUACUUGUCAUCAUCAUUGAUGGAUAGACAUGAUGGACAUCAAAAUUUAUCUUUUUUUGGCACCGGGGAAACAUUUAUAUUUACACUUACUCCCAAAUCAACUUGCUACCAUUGGAACGGGUCUGAACAAGUGCGUUCUAAAGUCUCUACAUAUGUGUUCGUUAAACCUCAUUGUUCAGAUGAAGAGGAUGCUUUCACGGGUAAAUCAAUGAAACGAAAAGGAAGUUCUUUUGUUCGAACUUUGUCGCGUAGAUUUUCUAGAAGAUUUUUACAUACCACUCCAAGUGAAACUCCAUUAGACAUACCUAAAAGCACAAUAAAUGCAAAUCAUAUUAAAAAUAAUUUUGAAGAUGAAGAUGAUAGCCCGAUAUCUAUUAAGCCCAUUGAAAAUGAAUCUGCUAAUGAAUCAGGAGCAUUAAAUGAACAACCUCGAGGCAAUAAGGAUACAAAAUUACCUUUAUCUAAUAAAAAUGGGGUUCUUUUUCAAGAUAAAACUGAUGGGAAAAAUGAACAUGUUCCAUGUGUGGGCUUUAAUGAAGAACAAUUCGAAAUAGUUAAAGAAACUAAUGGUUUACCGCAUAAAAGUCAAAUUCAUGCUGAACCUGUUGCAGAUCAAGCUGUUCAUAGAAGAUUAAGUCCAGAUAAAAAUGAAACAGAUGAGCAUAAAAGAGUGGCAUUGUACAUUUCUUGUGAUGAAACAAGAAUGGUCAUAGGAGGAGGAGACGGAGAAGGCAUUGCUAUAGAUGGAGAUAUUCACACUGGUCGUUCAACAUGGUGUAGAACGUUUGAUAAUGAUCCGUUAUCAUCUGGGGAGCACGGUGAUUUUACUAUAAUACGUUUGGAUGUGUUUGGAUUUCAUUAGCAAUUAUUGUAAAUGGGUUUGAAAACUUUUAUGAAGACUUAUUUUUUUAUUCUUAAUUUAAUUAAAGGAUAUUGCUUGUUUUAAAGCUAGAAUGGAACCCCUGUUUCUUUAAUAUGUAAUGCCGGCACUGUGGUGAAGAUGGGCUCCUAGCUCCUCCACUUAAUUACAAAUAUUUAGGUUUAUUCAGCAAAUUUGCGCGAAAGUUUUUUUAAGGUAAUAUACUUUUUUUCUUUCAUUCGAAAACAUAGAUAACUUAACAUUUAACAACGUUUUCUGAUUUCUCAUAUUUUAGUGUGAAUUUUAAGCAAUCUUAUAAUUUUUAUCGUAAUUUUACACUGCGAUUUUUUAAUGACAGAAAAUUAUUAUCUUUCGCUAUUAGUUUUUUAGAAUUGUUUGUCUUUUUUACAUAUAUACACUUUUUUAUUUAUCAUUUCUUUAUUAUUUUAUUUUUAACGUCUGCUUACAAAUUUUUGUUUGAGUUUAAGAGUUUAUUUUGUGCUUAUUUUUCUAUGGUUUUCUUAUUGAUUUUAUUUUGUUUUCAGUUUUAUAAAUAUUUAAAAAAGGUUAUUUAAAACUAUUAUAUACAUUUUUUUCGAUGUUUCGAAGUGAGGGCUAAAGGUUUUU